GUGGAACUACUGAGUGGCAAUGUCGAAGAGCUUCCCGAUCUUGAACGCCGCUUCUUGGAUGGACGUAUCAACAACAAACAGAAUCGUCCGUUCUUGGAACGGCAGACUAUCGUGAACACGGUUCUGGCAGAGCUGAAAAGCACCCAAAGCAAGGCGCUGGAGAAGCCCAGGCUCGUGGCUCUUUGGAGCCCUAGGGGCACGGGCAAGACUUCGCUCGUUCGACAUUUGGCGCAGUUGGAUCAGUAUGCCGAGAGCCGCAGAUGUGGGCGGCUGCUGGUGAUAGACGCGGGAACGUUUGCACAGCAUGCACAAAAUGAUGCAGAUACACUGGUUUCCGCCAUCAUCAUUUGGCAUCUUUUGCAAAUCUUCGACGGCUACGCCGUGGAAGUUGGCCAAGGGAACAGCGUUGCCUUCAAGCGCUUGGACAUGGGUCCUGUGUUGAGGCUUCUCGAACAGAGCCCAUCGACUCCAACCCUGGACGGCAGUGUUGGGUGGUGGAUUGCGUCCUUCUGUAACAGCAAGGACGACGUCCUCGACCAGUGGCUCGUUCUCACGGAAAAGGCCUUCGCGGCCAAGAACAGCUGCCCUCGUCUUAUCUUCUUGGAUCAAGCAGAACUCCUCGCAAACCUUGAGACAGGCAACAGGGGACAAAAGAGCAGGGGAGCAAGAAAGUCAUUGCUUACGGACAUUGUCGCAAAGCUUCCCGCGCAAAUGGCAUGCUUCUGCACAGGCACGCUGGAUGUGAUGCAUCAGGCUCCUGCACAAGUAUACACACUCCUUUAUGUCCGUAGCGUGCCAGCACUGGCACCAUUGUCUCGAGACUCUGCUGCCUCGGCCAUGGAACAGUGGAACGAAACGAUUCAUGAUGACCUUACGUUCAACCAGAUAAUGCUCUUCUCUAGCGGAGUUCCUCGACUUCUGCAGUUUGCGUUCCAGGCAGACGGGGAGUUGGCAAGGGCAAGCGCCGAAAUUGCAUUGAAUGAGAUGUCGAAGUGUUUCCGGGAGUCGUACAAGUCUGCAGCACCUUUGUUUCGCGAAGACAUUGAGACCGCUUUGGCAAUCGUUCUCUGUUCAGCCGUUCGAUGGAAUGCAACUUGUAGCGACCAGACAGUGCCUGGAACAACCACUCCUUGGUCCGACAUCUUCCAUGCAGGAGCAGCAUUUCCCGCUGAGCACACGGUACUGGUCCCACGCAUCUGGUGGUGUCGGGAUGCCACUGUCUCCGCCAAGCUGGAAAGUCACCUUGAAGGCUGGAACAUCGAUCUGAAGAGUCUGUUGCCAGAUCCCUUGGAGUUGGUUAAGAGUCCGGUCCGAGGUGCCCUUGCCAGAGGAGUGCCGUGGGAACAGAUGGUUGCAAACUCCCUAGUGGCCAGAUUUCGCCUUUAUUGCCUGCAAGGUAACUUUGAAGCCGACAGCACGUGGGUUCCUUUCCUGGAGAUCUAUCCCACAAAGGAUGAGCAUCUACAGAAAGUGCUGGAACCCUUCCACGUUUGCUGGAGCCAUGGGGUAGAGCUCUCAAAGUUUGAAGCGACUGUCUUGGAUCCUGUUGGAAAGGCCAUAAAGUCCAAUCUUCUGAAAAAGAGUGCUCACCACGGCCUGCUAAUUCCCGUGAAGCGAAUGAGUGGUGACGAGCUCGAGUACAUCGCAGCCCAGUGCCGGUUUGGCAAACCGAAAUCUUCAGGCGAGCUGAAGAACCAGGACAAGGCCAGAAAGCCGAGGAUGAAUGAGAACCUUGAGCAGAUGGCCAACGUGCUGCUCCAAAUAUGUCCAGACGCCGAAGGUGCUCAGGGGUUUCGGAAAUGUACUUCGUGGGCGAAACGCCAAGAAGACGGCAAAUACAGUCUCAUGAGUUGCAGAAGCAUCAUCGCGCAGCUGGACGUGCUGCUUGCGCUGUGA